GUCAAUGUAAAUAAAUAAAAAAUUUCGAAUCAGGAUCGAUUUAUUAUUUACAUAAAUUGAUAUUUAUAAUGAGUAAGGAAAGUUGAUAGUAAUAGUAUUUUUAAGAUGGGUAGAAGCCCAAGUCCUUACAACAGCCGUUUGCACAAACGCAAAAGAUCACAGUCUAGGGAAAAAGAUAGAUCAAGAAAAGUAUGUUUAAAUCCAAGUUCUUCAUCCUCAAAAGAACUGAGAUCAGAGUUUAGCUUUUUAGAUUGUAAAAAAGAGUUAAAUAAAAUAUUUAUGUACAGUAACGAAAGUAAUACUGUAGUUAAUAAUCUUGAAGAUUUUUGGGUGUUUGCAGCCAAGUAUGAAGCUAUGUUGAAAAAAGCUGGUAAACCACUUAUUCAAGAUUCAUUGAGCAGUCAUGAACUCAACGAUAUUGAUGUACCAAUCCAAUUUUCAAAAUUUCAUUGUAUUAAUUUUAACACUCAAAUAAAAUAUGUUGACACAUAUUCUGAUGAAAGACACAAACAAAGGAUGGACAAAAAUUUAUUUGAAUCAUUUUUAAAAAUUGUAUCGACGUAUGUAGACUUUAAGAAUAAAGAAAAAUUUGAUAAAUUAAAGAAGCUAAGGCAAGCCCAACAAGAUUUGCCUGUGGCUAAAUACAGGACCGAAAUAGUAUCAGCUGUCCAAGAAAAAAAAGUAAUUAUUGUAGCUGGUGACACUGGCUGCGGCAAGUCCACACAAGUUCCGCAAUAUCUACAUGAGGCUGGCUAUCAAAAUAUUGCUUGUACACAACCCAGGCGCAUUGCAUGUGUGUCUUUGUCAAAACGAGUUGCUUAUGAAAUGCUUACACAAUUUGAAUCCAAAGUUGGAUAUCAAAUUAGGUUUGAAAAGAGCAAGACGGCCGAUACCAAAAUUUGCUUUAUCACUGAAGGUUUAUUAUUGAGGCAGAUGUCAUCUGAAAAUUUGCCAAACUAUGAUGUCAUUAUUCUGGAUGAGAUCCAUGAGAGGCAUUUGAUGGGGGAUUUUCUUCUUGGCGUACUUAAAUGUCUGAUACAUAGCAGAAGCGAUAUUAAACUUGUUCUUAUGUCAGCGACAAUAAAUAUAAAUCUCUUUGAGAAUUAUUUCUCUGCAGAGUCAGCUGCAGUUAUAGAGGUACCUGGAAGGCUGUUUCCUAUAGAACUUCGUUACAAACCUAUAUUGAUAGAUGAUAAGCCCACCCGCGACGACAGAUUGGAUCCCCAACCAUAUGUACAGAUAAUGCAACUGAUUGAAAGCAAAUAUCCAAGUGAUGAACGCGGUGAUCUACUUAUAUUUAUGUCCGGUGUCCAAGAGAUUACAGCAAUUUGCGAUGCUGCACAGCAGUACGCAGAAAAGACUAAGAAAUGGAUAGUGUUGCCAUUACAUAGCGGUUUAUCCCUAACGGAACAAGAUAAGGUGUUCGACUAUCCCCCAGAUGGCGUUAGAAAAUGUAUUGUUUCGACUAAUAUAGCUGAAACUUCAGUUACCAUUGACGGAAUAAGAUUUGUCGUGGAUUCCGGUAAGGUCAAGGAAAUGAGCUACGAUUCAACAACCAAAAUGCAGAGACUAAAGGAAUUCUGGAUCUCUAAAGCUAGCGCAGAUCAAAGAAAAGGCCGAGCCGGUAGAACAGGUCCCGGCGUUUGUUACCGCGUAUAUUCGGAGCAGCAGUACUCCGACAUGGAACAGUUCAGUACCCCUGAAGUAUCGAGAGUACCGCUGGCAUCUCUCCUGCUCCUCAUGAGCUCGCUCGGAGUCAGUGACGUGAGAAGAUUCCCGUUCCUAGAUGCCCCGCCUGAAGACGCAGUGGAAAACGCCCUGCUGGAGCUUAAACAACAUGGCGCUUUAACCUCCAACGAGAAGCUGACAGCAUUAGGGAAGGCCCUAGCUAACCUCCCUGUGGAAGUGUCUUUAGCCAAAGCAAUAGUAGUGGGCAGCGCGACUCUUCCACCCAACAAGAGGGACUCUGCUUUGGCACUUGCCGCUGCUUUAGGCAUCAGGUCUAUAUUCACUACAAGAGCACACAGAGAUUUUGAAUGCGAGAAUGCAAGAAAACCAGAAGAAUCCGAUCACGGGGAUCCGCUGACUCUUCUAUCGUUGUAUUGCGCUUGGCUGACUGUCAAAGGGGAGAAUCGUGGGGGACGUGCCUGGUGUAAACGACGAGGCAUUGAAGAACAACGAUUGUAUGAACUCACCAAGCUCGCCGCACAACUUAGAGGACUAUUACAAGAUAAUAAUUUGAUGGAAACUCCAGAACCGGAAUCUAUGUCGUCUGCUGAGCGGGCGAUGCGUCACGGUCAAUUGAAACAACUGAAAGAUAUGAGAAGGCAGUACAAACAGAGAGCAGCUGAAGAUUCGAAACGAAAGAAACGGUUAAAAGUUGAUUCUUGGGAGAUAGUCGAUGAAAAGGGAGACGAUGACGCAUUAGAUAUCAGAGAUAUAGAGUUUCGUAUGACUAAUGACGCCGCCAGGAUACGUUCGCUGAUCAAUGGGGCCAGCGCAUCUAGCGGAAGAGAUCUGAUUAUGUUGAAGAUAGUUUUAUGCAGAGCGUUGUAUCCACAAGUGGCUGUUGCUGAUCAAUUUAACCAUUGUAAAUCUAUAUCGGAACAACUGUAUCACACUUGGAGUAAACCGUUUGUAUUUCUCCAUCCGAACUCGUACUUCGGUAAACAACCUCGAGUAUUGCAACUGAGCGAAGCUGACAUACAAACAGACGGACCACCCGGAUAUAAGGCUAAAGUGCCUUUGUCAGCUAAACAUCAAAUACUGUGUUACUUAUCUCUUUUAGAGACUACAAAACCUUAUAUAGUGAAUUCUAUGCGAAUGCCGGCUGCCCAGACUCUUCUAUUGCUGGCCCAUUCUAUUGACACUAACAUGGGGUUUACUAGAAUAGUAUGCGACUCUUGGCUGCUGUUAGAGUUCCCGUAUCCCGAUACGGGAUUAAACUUGCUCCUGAAAGCAACUAAGCUUCGACAACGGUGGGACGCAUUGAUCAACAGGAGAUUGGCAGAUGCCGACCCUAAUAAGAGCGUGGAAAGCGAACUACGAAAGCAAACCUCGAAUAUAUCAUACGAAGAGCUUCAAUACCAGUUGUCGUGUGACGUCAGCUCGUAUAUGAACAGUGAAGUGUAUUACACAAUAAGGAGGUUGCUGCCCGGCGACCUGAAAGUCAUGUAUUGUGGCCCAGGCGAAGUGCAUCCGAAUAUAGACCCUAAUCCGUUCGAACAGGGUUUCGAAUGUCACCCGCACGAGAAGAAAGGCGGAGUUUACGUUACAGACAAUAUAGUUUAUAAUUGUGUUGUAGACACAGAUUGGAGUUACAAUUUCUACCAAGAAGCAUACAGUCUUACUUGGUCGUGUCCUGACUGCGGCAUUACAUUAUGUCUGUCUCCUCUAGAACGAAUACAACACAAGGAGUUCACAUGUUCUUCUAAACGCGAAACUGAACAGGAGCCCGUUAAAAUAACAAAGGACAAUAGACCUAAUGCUAAAGAAUAUAAGUGCGAGAGUUGCGGCAAUACGCUUUCGUUGACGCCUGUCGAAAUAUUGAAACACAAGAAGAGUUGUAAAUUGAAAUAAAUUAUUUGUCUAGU